GGGAACACGUCCCUCCAAAUUAUACGAAGUGGCCCUGAAAAUUAAGUUCAAAAUUCUUCAUCGGAAGAUUUCAAUUACUCAGUACCUAUGUCUGAUACAAAUAAAAGAUGGAAUAAUGAUUAGUGAUGCGGAUUUGUGGAUUUGUGAUGGUGUUAAUACAGUGAUGUUAAAAUAAUUCUCAAAAUGAAAAACGGUAAAAGAAAAUUAUCAACAGACAGCGGUGUUGAUGCAACUUGCUGUAAAAACUUGUCUAUUUUCGCUUGCGUGUGUGCAGUAAUAUCCCUUAUAGCUCAUACUUACAAUUACAUAGAAAUCGGAGAUGCGAAGGCCAAUUUAAAUACAGAAGCUAGAAAUGUAGUGAGAAAUAUGUUAGAAGAUAAAUUAGAAGAAAAAAUUGAAAGUUACUUCACAGAACUCAGUGGAACAACAUUAAGUAGACUAAAACGAGAAGCUAUGUUGAAAUCAUCUCAAAUUCAAGAAGAUAAUACUGUGGCACCACAUGUUGAGUUCUUUAAUCCAAAAAUGCGCGCAGAACUUGAAGAGAAGGAUGCAGCUGAAAUGCGCCGGACUGGUGCCAAGGGUCCGGCUCCUGGUGGCGACACAUGGGUGUGGCUCACCAGUUACUCCAGGGUUCCAUACAAAGUAGUGCAAGGCUUUUGCAAGGCAACCCAGGACUACUGUCCUCCCGGAGUCCAAGGCCCUAAAGGUCCUACUGGUAUGCCAGGACCUAAAGGAGAAAGGGGUGAUCCAGGUGCACCUGGAACCCCAGGCCAUGCGGGGACUAGGGGACCACUUGGACCACCGGGUCCUAAAGGAGAACGUGGAUUUCCUGGCAAUGCUGGACUUGAUGGUCGUGAUGGAGUACCAGGAGAGCCUGGACUCGAUGGAAUGUCAGGUAGAAAUGGCGCAGAUGGAGCUCCAGGUAAAGAUGGACGCGACGGGGUGCCAGGUAGAGAUGGCAGUCCGGGAAAGAACGGGAAGGACGGAAAAGACGGUAGAGCCGGGGCGCCAGGCCCGCCCGGUCUUCGGGGUGUAAAAGGCGAUCGGGGACCUACAGGUCCCAAGGGUCAACGUGGCAACGACGGGCGAGAUGGUGCACCGGGCAGACCUGGACUCUCCAUAUACAACUAUACAAAAGAGAAGGAACUGUUUAUACCGCCAACAUUUGCACAGGAACACACUCGUGUAAUAGUCCGUGAGAGUGACACGCUUCGCAUCAGCUGCAAUCCAACUGGCCGGCCUGAACCAUCCGUGGAAUGGAGAAGAUCUGAUGGGACCGCUAUUAUUCAGGGUUCAUGGCGAGAUGCAUCUGUGAGCGGUCAUCUCCUCAAUAUUCCAAAUGUAUCAAGAUGGCACACAGGGAAGUACGUGUGUCUGGCCAAUAACGGGAUGCUGCCAUCUGCCAACCAAACUACGGACGUAGAAGUACACUUUAGCCCCUAUAUAAGGGUACCGAACAACAUAGUGUAUGUGUACAACAAAACGGCCAAAAUAGAGUGUGAGAUACAAGCCUGGCCGGAACCAGUUCUCGCUUGGGAGUAUGAAGGCAUAACCCUGGAAGGUCCUCGGUACAAAACAGAGGUGGUAACAACUGGUGAUCCCUGGCGGUGGAUCAUGAGAUUAGAGAUCCCAGGAGUGAGGGAGCAUGACCUUCGCCAGUACAGUUGUGUUGCGAAGAACGAGCUGAAUAAUCAAACUGUGAAAGGACAUAUUAAACUUGCGUACCCAAGCCCUCACCAGCAAAUGCCGGUACAGCAGCCGAUGGAGUUCGGUUCCCGGCCCCCAAUCCUCACGUCCUACGAGGAGCUGUGCCAGGUGCAGCGGUGCCCGUCUUGUCCCCGCUGCGACCGAGCCCAACUACUGAUACUGACUAUGAACUCCACUGCAGGGUACAAUAUGAGAAGGAAUACCAAUUGUCAACUGUAUGCUAUAGGAAAACCUGUGUAUCACAGAUAUAAAGACGAACUGUUCGGAGCUUGGCUGAGGGAUUCUAAUGCUUCAGAGGCUCAGAGAGAUAAACUAUGGACGACGCAGGAGAAUGAUGUAGAAAGACUACGGGAAUAUAGGAGCAAAGUCAGUUUCAAGUCGGAUCAUGUUGAUGAAUUUCACAAACUACAGAGACCAUUCUAUGGUAAUGGACAUAUAGUCUACAGCGGGUCAUUCUUCUAUCAAGCCAACGAGUCUGGUCAUCCUGGUGAUAUCAUCAGGUACGACCUGUCGCAGAGCAGAAUCAAAUCUGUGCACUUACCUCACGCUGCUGGAAGGUUGUACACCGCUCAGCACAAUCAGGUAGACUUCAGUGCCGACGAUAAUGGGCUUUGGGCCAUCUAUUCAAUUGAGGGUUCUAACAACACCGCAGUUGCUAAGCUUAGUUUUGACCCCAGCAGGGAUGGAUUAAAUAUUGAUCACAUUUGGAAUAUAUCACUUAAUCACAGACAGAUUGGAGAAAUGUUUAUAGUCUGUGGGGUGCUGUAUGCUCUCGACUCAGCUACGGAGCGAGAGAGUAAAGUCACCGUGGCCAUAGAUCUGUACCUCAAAAAACCAGUUGAAGUCUCAUUACAGUUCACCAACCCGUUCAGAAAGACAACGCAGCUGGGGUACGACCAUAUGCAUAAAGAGUUGUACUCUUGGGACAGAGGCAAUCAGCUCACGUAUCCAGUCCGAUAUAACGAACUACCUGGGCCUUAG